AUGUCUCAGCGUCAGGAGAUUCCACAUGAUUCACAGGAACAAUAUGCCCAUAGUGACACCCAGGACCUGUAUGCUACAUGGGUUUCUGAAGAAAUGGAGGAGAGCUCAUCCUCCUCUUCCUAUACUCUAGUGCCUGAUAGCCUGGAGGAGCCUCUGGCUGCUGGCACACCCAAUAGCCCACUAAGUCCUCAGAGUGCCUGUUCAACUUCCACUGUCUUCAGUUUCAAAUCAUCAAGUAAAUCAAAUGAGAGCUCUGGCAGUCAAGAAAAGGAGGAUAGUUCAGGUUCUUCAAAGUCCCUGUCGGAAACCGAGAGCUUGCCUGAAGACCCUUUAGAUGAGAAGGUGACUUUGCUGGUGCAGUUCCUGCUGCACAAGUAUCAAAUGUUUCAGCUGAUCACAAAGGCAGACAUGAUUGAUGUUGUUAUCAAAGAGUAUAGGGAUGACUUUCCUGAGAUCUUCAGGAGAGCCUAUGAGUACAUGGAGCUGGUCUUUGGCGUUGAUGUGAAGGAAGUAGACCUGACCAGCCACAGCUAUGCCCUUAUUAACAAGUUAGGCCUCACCUAUGAUCCAAGGCUGAGUAGUGAUGAGGGGGUGCCCAAGACCAGCCUCCUGAUAAUGGUCCUGGGUGUGAUCUUCAUGAAGGGCAAUAGUGCCACUGAAGAGGAUAUCUGGGAAGUGCUAAAUACAAUGAAUUUACAUCCUGGGACAAAUCACUUCGUUUUUGGGGAACCCAGGAAACUCAUCACCCAAGAUUUGGUGAAGGAAAAAUACCUGCAGUACUACCAGGUGCCCAACAGUGAUCCUCCAUGCUAUGAGUUCCUGUGGGGUCCAAGAGCCCAUGCUGAAGUCAGCAAGAUGAAAUUGCUGGAGUUUUUGGCCAAGGUCAAUGGAUCUGAUCCCAUUGACUUCCCAUCCCAGUAUGAGGAAGCUUUGAGAGAUGAAGAAGAGAGAGCCCAAGCUUGA